AUGGCGGCGCGAACACCAGAAUCUGGGUUGAUAGAACGACGCCGACCAGUUUGCAUGCAGUUACGAUACGCAGACUGUGCGUGGGGAGAGGGACAGGAAUGUCGACUUCUAGUGAAGGCCACGAGGCUCCCGGGCUGGGCAGCUAAGGUUGAGUUUAAUUGGCGGAAUCGGCCUCUGAAGUUUGGGCCACUAGGCCACGCGCUGCAAGAUCCUCAAACCCCAAAAUUUCCAUGGUCGCCGCGUGCUGCACUUCCACAUCCCCUACCUACCAUUGACCUCUUUCUUCAAGACUGGCCUCAGUCCUUCACCAUCCUUCCCCCAAAUCAGAUGCAAAGCUUCACUUGCUUCACUUGCCGAUUGGUCUCCCGAUCUCGUCUCCGACAACGUCUGAUCGAGCUCCAGAAUGGCCGCCGCAGGUUAUCCUCCACCCGUUUCCAACCUCGAUCCAACACCCGUUCUCGACUCCAAGAGUCCAUGUCUGACAUUGCCGGGUCGUGGUACUGGGACACCGCUCCUCCGACCAAGGAGAACUUAGCUGCGGCUGCACACUUCUUCAAGAAUCAUAAGCCCUCGCGGACAUGGACGGGAACAGGCUGGAAAACUACGGAAGCAUGGCGACGUUCCCCGAAAUACUCGCAGGAACAGAACAUCCUGGUGCCAGAAGUCAUCUUUGUCGGGCGGUCCAACGUCGGCAAAUCCACCUUGAUCAAUGCUCUCACCUCUUCGGAUCUCAAUCGAGUCAGUGCCACCCCUGGAAUGACCGAGGUCAUGGCUGCGUGGGCACUGGCUGCAAAAGAUGAGCACGGUGGCGCCCUCAAAGGGUGGGAUGGCGAUGUCAACCCCAAAGUCACCCUUGUCGACAUGCCUGGAUAUGGCUUUGGCAGCAGGUCCGAAUGGGGCGCCCAGAUCGUGUCGUACCUAAACAACCGAAGAAAUCUGAGGAGAGCAUUUCUGCUCGUCGACAGCGGACACGGCGUCAUGGCUGCCGACCGUCACAUGCUGGAGAUUUUCCACAAGCUCGGGAUUCCGUUUCAGAUCGUUGCCACAAAGUGUGAUCGAUUGAGCUCGAAAGUGUCGGAAGGCGGCAUCCGUGAGACAUUGACGAGGCUGCGUGAUCAGGCCAACUUUGAGGGUCAAUCGGCGUUGAUGCUGGGUGAAAUGAUCGCGGUCGGUGCGCUCGAAAAUAUCGCGACGACGAAAAACGCAAAUCAAAAUGCCCUGGGCCUUACAAACCUGCAAUGGGCCAUCCUCAAGGCCGCGAACCUGGAGUGGUAUGCCAUGGAAAAAGCCGCCGACCAUAAAGUCAUCAGCAAAAGCGCGAUCAGUCGCCCCAGCCCAAUCGGCGCUGAAAUAUCGCAUUUGAUCCACACAAAGGGAUCCGAGUCUCCCAAGCCUGCACGGUCGUCCGGGAAUGCGUCAACGGCACUCCCAAACCUGAGCCUCCAGGAAUUCAUGCGCGAGAUAUUGGGCUUUGGUUCGGGAGGAAGCGCCGGAGCCUCAACCGAACCCCAAGGAAACCGCGCGGCACCGAGAGUUUUUGAUUCCCUAAAGAAAGUUGAGGGCAACAAACCGGGAAAGGCGAACGCUGGCUCGUCGUUACACGAUCAACUAGAUCUCCUGAUCACAGAGUUGAAAUCCCGCCGUCGCUCAGAGGGCGAGAGUACGAAUGGCCUUUCAGGGGAAGAAACGACUCCGUUUGACUUGCCCCUCACCCGUCCAACACCGGGUCCCGAACCUCCCUCUCCCAAGAGGACGACUCCCCAGGCGCCUCUUUCCGGCAAAGCCGCCGUCUCCCAAGGCAUCGAUGGCUUUGAAGGGAUAUUUCCCGAGUCCUCACCUAAAUCGUCAUCAAAGUCGGGGAAAGCACAGCAGCAGUCCCCCCAGACGCUGCACCAGCGGCGCCAGAAUCGCGCGGCGCCGGUGGAGCCGAAACCCUCGCGAUCCCAACCUCUGCCGCCGCCGGGGCAGCAGCAACCGGAAUUUGUCGGCAAAGGCGUCUCGCGAGGCCUGGACGCCUUUGAAGCCAUGUUCACAGCCCCGCCCACGCAGCCGACGACCAAGUCGAGCAAACAACAGCGGCAGCGGCAGCCUCAAGCGAGUGGACGGCGUCAGAAAACCCGAGCCGCGCAGAACGAGUCGCCGGCCCAGCCUCGUGGACGCGAACAGCCUGCUCUGAAGGGCAAAGGCGUCACCCGGGGCCUCGACGCGUUCGAGUCCAUGUUCUCCUAG